ACAACACCUGUGUCGGCGGCGCUGUUGUGGGGGAAGCUCGAUCGUGACAGGCUAGCAUCAGUGGACUGUAAACAUGGCGGCGUGCACAGCUACAGGGCUGUGCCGAACACCCCGUUACUAUUAGUCCGAGAGACGGGAGACAACACAAAAAUGGAGACCGAAGAGGAGCAACACAUCACCACGCUCCUCUGCAUGGGUUUCCCAGACCCCGACGUGAUAAGGAAAGCGCUCCGGUUAGCAAAGAACGACAUAAACGAGGCAGUGGCGCUGCUGACAAACGAAAGCCCCGGACUCGGGUAUGGAUAUGAGCCGAUGGAGAGCGGGCCUGCCCCCGGCGUGGGCUCCACUGGAGACGGGGAAAGCAGCGGGCGGACUGGGACUGGAGGGUUUGAUCCCCCACCCGCAUACCACGAUGUAGUGGAUAGUGAGAGGAGCAAUGAUGAGAAUGGGAACUGCUCAGGGGGCAGCAUGGAGUUUCCCACCACCAACCUGUACGAGCUGGAGAGUCGAGUCUUUACCGACCACUGGUCCAUACCUUACAAGAGAGAGGAGUCCCUGGGCAAGUGUCUCAUCGCGUCCACCUGCCUCGCCCGGCACGGUCUUGCUGACGCUGAUGAGAACUGCAAACGAUUUAUCGACCGGUGCAUGCCGGAGGCCUUCAAAAAGUUGCUUACCAGCAGUGCCGUACACAAAUGGGGCACGGAGAUUCACGAAGGAAUUUAUAACAUGCUCAUGUUGCUGGUGGAGCUGGUAGCAGAGAGGGUGAAGCAGGAUCCCGUACCAGUUGGCCUGAUGGGAGUCCUGACUAUGGCCUUCAACCCUGAUAAUGAGUACCAUUUUAAGAACCGGAUGAAGGUCUGUCAGAGGAGCUGGGCUGAAGUUUUUGGAGAAGAGGCCAACAUGUUUGCUGUGUCUCCUAGUAACAGCUAUCAGAAAGAGCCUCAUGGUUGGCUGGUUGAUUUGGUGAAUCGAUUCGGAGAGUUGGGAGGAUUCACUGCCAUCCAGACUAAGCUCAACAUAGACGAAAUUGAGAUUGCGUGUGUGUCGGCUCUGGUCCAGCCUCUGGGAGUCGGUGCAGAAUACCUAAACUCCAGCCUCGUCCAGCCCAUGCUGGAUCCAGUCAUCCAUAAGAUGAUCACCUACGUGCAGAACCUGGAGGAAAAGGACCUAAAAGACAAGCGUCUGGUGAGCAUCCCAGAUCUGCUGUCGGCCAUCAAGCUGCUGUGUAUGCGCUUCCAGAGGGAGCUGGUUACUGUGGUGGACGACCUGCGUCUGGACACGCUGCUGCGCAUGCUCAAAACCCCCCACUUCUCUACCAAGAUGAACUCCCUCAAAGAGGUGACAAAGUUGAUAGAGGAGAGUACAGUGUCUAAGACGGUGAAAAAUGCCAUUGACACAGAUAAACUGUUGGACUGGCUGGUGGAGAACUCAGUCCUAUCAAUAGCGCUGGAGGGUAACAUCGACCAGGCUCAGUACUGUGAGAGAAUAAAGGGAAUCAUUGAGCUGCUGGGGAGUAAACUGUCCCUGGACGAACUCUCCAAGAUCUGGAAAAUCCAGGCGGGCCAGUCAUCAACAGUGAUAGAAAACAUUCAUACAAUCAUCGCCGCUGCUGCUGUGAAGUUCAGCUUUGAUCAACUCACCCACCUCUUCGCCCUCAUACAGAAGAGCUGGGAGGUUGAGAGUGACCGUGUGAGGCAGAAGCUGCUCAGUCUGAUCGGGAGGAUCGGCAGAGAGGCUCGCUCUGAAACCACAACAGGGAAGGUGCUGGAGGUGCUGUGGGAGUUGGCUCACCUCCCCAGCCUGCCUACCAGUCUCGUUCAGCAGGCGUUGGAGGAGCACCUGGGGAUCCUGAGCGACGCCUACGCUGUCAAGGAGACCGUGAAACGCAAUUACAUCAUUAAAUGUAUUGAGGACAUUAAAAAGACACACAUUCAGGACGACUGUAAAGGCAGCGACACUCAAAGCUUAUUUCUUACCGGCACUUGGAGCAAGAAGAAAGCUAACUCGUUGGCCAAAGCGUCUCAGCCGAGCGCUCCUCAGGCAGUGUGGGUUGUUCCUGCUCUCCGUCAGCUGCACGAGAUCACUCGAUCUUUCAUCAAGCAGACCUAUCAGAAACAGGACAAGAGCAUCAUUCAAGACUUGAAGAAGAACUUUGAGAUUGUGAAACUGAUCACAGGAUCCCUUGUGUGCUGCCAUCGGCUGGCUGUGACCGCGGCGGGAAAUAGCGGCCUCUCAGGCUCCACUCUGGUGGACGGGCGGUACACCUACCAGGAGUAUCUGGACAGCCACCUGCGCUUCCUGGCCUUCUUCCUCCAGGAGGCCAGCCUCUACCUGGUGUGGAACCGGGCCAAGGAGCUCUGGGAGUGCCUGGUGUCGGGGCCAGAUGUCUGUGAACUCGACCGUGAGAUGUGUUUCGAGUGGUUCACCAAAGGACAGCAUGACCUCGAGAGUGAUGUUCAGCAGCAGCUCUUCAAGGAGAAGAUCCUAAAGCUGGAGCCCUAUGAGAUCACCAUGAACGGUUUCAAUCUGUUCAAGACCUUCUUUGAGAACGUGAAUCUGUGUGACCAUCGCCUCAAACGCCAGGGAACUCAGCUGUGUGUGGAGCGUCUUGACCUGGCAGGGAUGGAUUUUAUCUGGCGCAUCGCCAUGGAAACCCCUGAUGAAGAAAUAGCCAAUGAAGCAAUCCAGCUAAUUAUCACAUAUAGCUACACCAACCUCAAUCCCAAAAUGAAGAAGGAUUCCGUGUCUUUGCACAAGAAGUUCAUUGCUGAUUGUUACAAGCGACUGGAGGCGGCAAGCUCGGCCCUCGGAGGGCCUACUUUGACACAUGCUGUUACCAGGGCGACCAAGAUGCUGACGGCCACUGCCAUGCCGACUGUGGCCACAUCUGUACAAUCACCAUCCAGAUCCACUAAACUGGUGAUAAUCGAAAGACUGCUGCUACUGGCUGAACGCUACGUCAUCACUAUAGAGGAUUUGUACUCAGUUCCUCGCACUAUUCUACCUCACGGGGCCUCGUUCAAUGGACACCCUGUCGCUCUUCACAUCACCUACGAGUCAACCAAAGACACUUUCACCUUAGAGACGCACAGCAAUGAGACAAUAGGAAGUAUCCGAUGGAAGAUAUCCGAGCACUUGAGCUGUCCGGUGGAUAAUGUCCAGAUCUUUGCUAACGACAGUGUGAUGACCAUGAACCGGGACCAGAAGCUGCUGUCCCAGCUGGGUUUCAAUGACGAGCAGAGCCUCACUGUGAAGAGCUCGGGCACCGGCACCCCCUCUGGCAGCUCCGAGUCCUCGGCCUCGGCCUCCAGCAGCUCCAGCUCCGCAGUCUUCAACUCUGCCUACGCCUUGGAGCAGGAGAAGUCCCUGCCCGGUGUGGUGAUGGCUUUAGUGUGUAAUGUUUUCGAGAUGCUUUACCAGCUGGCUAAUCUAGAUGAAACCAGGAUCACUCUUCGUGUGAGGAAGCUGCUGCUGCUGAUUCCAACAGACCCAGAAGUGCAGGAUGCUCUCGAUAACUUUGUUCCCAAAGAGUCCAGCGUCUGGAGCCACCAGGUACAUCAGACUGUGACGCGCUCAGGUCGUGUGAAGACACUGUUCCAGGGCACAGGCUCUCGCUCUCCGUCGAUGUCCUCCAAGCAGCAGCACCAAGCGCCGAGUGCUGCAUCCAUCUUAGAGUCUCUCUUCAGGUCUUCUGCCCCGGGCAUGUCCACCUUCAGAGUGCUGUACAACUUGGAGGUGUUGAGUUCAAAGCUCAUGCCCACCUCUGAUGAUGAGAUGGCCAAAACCAGCAGCAAGUCCUUCUGUGAGAACUUCCUUAAAGCAGGAGGCCUCAGUCUGGUGGUGAAUGUUAUGCAGAGAGAUUCCAUCCCAUCGGAGGUGGACUAUGAGACCAGACAAGGAGUCUACUCAAUCUGUCUUCAGUUGGCCAGGUUUCUUCUGGUUGGGCAGAGCAUGCCUGCAGCGCUGGAUGAUGAUGUCAUCAGAGAUGGCGAGUCGCUGUCAUCUCGUCCGUUUCGUAACGCUGGACGGGCCGGGCGACAGCUAUCUCUCUGUGGAACUCCAGAGAAGUCUUCUUACCGACAGAUGUCGCUCUCUGAGCGCUCCUCCAUCAGAGUGGAGGAGAUCGUACCGGCCGCUCGUGUAGCUAUUCAGACCAUGGAGGUGGGUGACUUCACUUCCACUGUGGCCUGUUUCAUGCGUCUGACCUGGGCAGCUGCAGCCGGCCGAUUGGACCUGGUCGGCAGCCCGCAGCCAAUCAGAGAGACCCACAGCUCCCUUCUGCCGCAGGGAGUCCGCACCAGAGUCAGCAGUACAGGAAGUAACUGCAGCUCCAGCAGUGAAGGGGAGACCCCGCCAACAGCGUUGCAUGCUGGGAUAUGUGUGAGACAGCAGUGUGUCUCAAUUAAAGACACCAUCAUCGCCCGCGAGGCUCUGUCCCUGCUGGUCACCUGUCUGCAGUUACGCUGUCAGCAGCUAUGUUCUUUUUACAACCUUCCCUCAGUCAAUGAUUUCAUUAUUGAUGUCUUGCUGGGAUCUCCCAGUGGAGAGAUCCGCCGGGUAGCUUGUGAUCAGCUCUACACUCUGAGCCAGACCGACACCUCAGCCUUCGCCGAAGUCCAGAAGCCCAACCUGUUCCUGAUCUCAGUCGUCCUCACUGCUCAGCUGCCGUUAUGGAGUCCUACAUCUAUUAUGAGAGGCGUCAACCAGAGGUUGCUGUCCCAAUGCACUGAGUACUUUGACCUAAGAUGUCAGCUUCUGGAUGACCUAACCACCUCAGAGAUGGAGGUGUUAAAAGUGAGCGCAGCCACCAUGCUGGAGGACGAGAUCUCUUGGCUGGACAACUUUGAGCCUAGUUGGAGCUCUGAGAUGGAGACCAGCGAGGCGGACAACAUCCUCCUGGCAGGACACCUCCGUCUCAUCAAGACCCUGCUCUCCCUCUGCGGCAACGAUAAGGAGCAUCUCGGUCAAUCUCUGAUUCAGCAGUUGUUGGAUGACUUCCUGUUUCGAGCCUCGCGCAUCAUCAUCAACAGUUCAAACCCCACCCCCUCCCCGGCCCCCAGCCACGACUUCCACCCAAAGUGCAGCACGGCCAGCAGCAGACUGGCGGCCUACGAGGUUCUGGUGAUGCUCGCAGACAGCUCGCUCUCAAACCUCCGCCUGAUCGUCAAAGAGCUCAUGACCAUGCACCACCAGUCUGAUCCUUCCCUCUGCAAGGAGUUCGAUUACCUCCCUCCAGUAGAGAGCCGCUCAGUGUCCGGGUUCGUUGGGUUGAAGAACGGCGGCGCCACAUGUUACAUGAACGCUGUGUUUCAGCAGCUCUACAUGCAGCCGGGUCUAGCAGAGGCUUUCCUGUCCAUCGAGGAAGACACGGAUCAGCCGGAGGAGAGCGUCUUCUACCAGGUCCAGUCUUUGUUCGGCCACUUGAUGGAGAGCAAACUGCAGUACUACAUACCCGAGAACUUCUGGAAGAUCUUCAAGAUGUGGAACAAGGAGUUGUAUGUACGAGAGCAGCAGGAUGCUUACGAGUUCUUCACUAGCCUGGUGGAUCAGCUUGACGAACAUCUCAAGAAAAUGGGUCGGGAACAGAUCUUCAAAAACACAUUUCAAGGAAUCUUCUCUGACCAAAAGAUUUGUAAAGACUGUCCUCAUCGAUACGAGCGUGAAGAAACAUUCAUGGCUUUGAACCUCGGAGUGACGUCUUGUCAAAGCUUAGAGAUCUCUUUGGACCAGUUUGUCAGAGGAGAGGUGCUGGAGGGCAGCAAUGCCUACUACUGUGAGAAAUGCAAGGAGAAGAGAACCACAGUGAAGAGGACAUGUAUCAAAUCCCUGCCCAGCGUUCUCUGUAUCCACCUCAUGCGCUUCGGCUUCGACUGGGAGAGUGGACGCUCCAUCAAAUACGAUGAGCAGAUCAGGUUCCCCUGGGUGUUGAACAUGGAGCCGUACACCGUCUCUGGGAUGGCUCGUCAGGACUGCAGCGGAGAGGCCAGCGAGAGUCGAGGCGACGGGACCUCAGGAGGGUCACCCCGAAAGAAAGUCACGAUUUCUGAGAACUACGAACUCGUGGGAGUUGUAGUCCACAGCGGUCAGGCACAUGCCGGUCACUAUUACUCCUUCAUUAAAGAUAGACGUGGCAGCGCUCGUGGACGUUGGUACAAGUUCAACGACAACGUGGUGGAGGAGUUCGAUAUGAAUGACGAAACUUUGGAGUAUGAGUGCUUUGGGGGAGAGUACCGUCCCAAAGUGUACGACCAAUCUAACCCAUACCCUGAUGUGCGGAGGAGAUACUGGAACGCCUACAUGUUGUUCUAUCAGAAGAUCAGCGACCAGAACUCGCCCGUCCUGCCCAAGAAAAGCAGAGUCAGCAUCAUGAGGCAAGAGGCUGAGGACCUUACACUUUCUGCCCCGUCCUCCCCUGAUGUUUCUCCACAGUCCUCUCCUCGACCCCCCAGGGCCAACAACGACCGCCUCACCAUCCUCACCCGCCUGGUCCGCAAGGGAGAGAAAAAGGGACUGUUUGUAGAGAAGAUGCCCGCCAGCAUUUAUCAGGUAAAGGCGUCAAGAUAUAAGAGGCCUUAA